GCCAGUUUCUUCAACCCAUCCUUCACUCAUGAAAAUAGAUACCGCUCUUGUAAGAAAGAAUAUGCGCUUGUUAUUAUUAUUAUAAACUUAAAUGAGAGAGUGGUGAAAGAAUCUGAAAAACCCUAAUACGGUAUUGUAGAACGUUAAUUUAUUGAUGUAUAGAGGCGGGAACAACAAUUCCUUCCGGCCGUCGGUAAGCAUACCGGCGGCAUCAACAAUGGUGAGUCCAACGGAGGAGAUGUCGCCGUCAGUGUCAAGAGAAAGGGUCUCACAGCAGCAACAGCUACAGUGGACGGAACAAGAGACGAAGGACUUGAUUGGGAUUCGAGGGGAGCUGGAGAAAGAUUUCACCAUCGCAAAGAGGAAUAAGGCGCUUUGGGAGAUUGUAAGUGCUAAAAUGAGAGAAAGAGGAUACCGCAGGACUCCCGACCAGUGCAAAUGUAAGUGGAAGAAUCUCGUCAAUCGUUACAAGG